UUGCCUCGUAGAGAUAUCGAAGUUGUGAGCGGGACUUACUGCUUGAGAAUCGGCUGAGAACUCUGCUCUCUCGAUUCCGGUGGCUCGUCGAGUGUAACCAGUUGCUGGGGAGAACCGCUGAUAAGCUCUGCCUUAGAACGAGGGGAGCUCGGCAGCUCAGCUCAGCUACUCAUUGUUCCCAGCCACGGUCAGUGUGUUUCCAGCAGGCACCCAGUGAGCGGAUCGUUCCUCCACAUACGUCAGCGCAGUCAGGCCGCAAUAUCAGCAUGGGUCCUCUCGUUCUUUCGGCCGCACUGGCGGUGCUCUCGGUGGCCACAAGCGGCACCUUCGCCCAAGAAAUCUUUGGCUAUUGCUCAACGCCGGAUGAGAAAAGCGGCAUCUGCAUAAAAUUAACAGAGUGUGGAUAUCUCUACCAACUGGUCCAGCGCGGCGUAGUUCCAACCGAGUCACGCAGGUUUCUCCAACAAAGUCAGUGUGGCUACCGCAAUGGACAGGUGCUUAUAUGCUGUGAACCCAACCGGCCGCCGACUAACCCUUCAAAGCGCCCCUCCACCGGACUGCUGCCCCAACCGCCAAAUUGCGGCGAAAACUUCGGAGAUCGUGUAGUGGGUGGCAGGGAGACGGGCAAGCGGGACUUCCCCUGGAUGGCCCUGAUCGAGUAUACAAAGCCCGGCAACCUGAAGGGCCACCACUGCGGCGGAUCGCUGAUCAAUAAUCGAUAUGUGCUGACGGCAGCGCACUGCGUCUCCGCCAUUCCCAGCGACUGGCAACUAACAGGAGUGCGCCUUGGGGAGUGGGACACUAGCACGAAUCCGGAUUGCACCACUGCCAAGAACGGACAGCGGGACUGUAACGAGCCCUACGUCGACUGCCCGGUGGUUGAGCGGAUUCCGCACCCGCAGUACCCGGGAAACUCCCGGGACCAGUUGCACGACAUAGCGCUGCUGCGACUGCAGUACGCAGUUGAUUACAGCGACUUUAUUUCUCCAGUGUGCCUGCCCACGUUGCCGUCUCAGCGCGAUGACAUCUUCCUGGGCCGCAAGCUGGAGGUGGCCGGGUGGGGUCGCACCGAGACGAACUUCACGUCCAACAUCAAGUUGAAGGCCGACUUAAGUCCGGUGCCGACUAGCGACUGCAACGAGCGGUACGCCAGUCAACGUCGGACUGUUACCGCCAAUCAGCUGUGUGCCGGCGGGGUGGAGGGUGUUGACUCGUGUCGCGGUGACUCCGGAGGUCCCCUCCUGCUCGAGGACUACUUCAAUGGGAACUCCAACUACUACAUCGCCGGCGUGGUUUCCUAUGGUCCCACACCGUGCGGCCUAAGAGGAUGGCCGGGGGUGUACACAAGGGUUGCGGCGUACCUGGACUGGAUAAACGACAACGUUAGGGCCUAAGCCUUGCCCACGAAAAUUAGCUUGGUUGGGAAAAUCAUGCCACAGCAAAUGAUCGAUUUUUAAUAGAAAGUAAAUUAUACAAUAAAUAAAGUAUACUUGUAUUAAUUUAAGAGUAAAACGUGUGCAGUUCAACACAAUUUGAACUGGGGCACUGAACACUUAAACUACAACUGAA